ACAGUUGAUGCAUGUGUGCGUUCUGUGGGCGCAGUUACAUUUUUGAAGCUCGAUGUCGUGAUAUGGAUAUCAUUUAUUACUUUAGGAGUUGUAGUUAAUUUAGUUUAUUAGCACUACAGUGUUGAGUGGUUUCGUUGUAAUUAUGAAUAAGAGUUCUACGUAGGUUUCACGUGAUUUGUAGGAGAUUGUCUCAGGAAGUGAUCUCAAACAUGCGUCGUUUACCUGUAAUCUAAUUUAUAUAUAUUGGAUUUUUUCAAUUUUUGUACGUAAAUGGUGAUUACACUUCAUUGCUAACGUGUAAAUUUAAAUUAAUAACGUUCGCUUUUACGAUGUAAUAAAUGUAAUAAGGAAAAGAACAGGAGAUGACUCAUGCGACUAUCCUAUUUAAAGAAUUUUAAAGGUAAACGUGAUGACGUGAAAAUUUGAAUACAUUGGCAUUUUUGUUUAAAAUGGAUAUUUUUGGUAAUGCUAAUGGCUCUAAGGUGGAUAAUGAUGUUCCAUUAGAACUGAGUCAGAGAAUUAUAACUAUAGAGCAAGAUAAUUUUCCUAUCCAAUCAGAUAUAAAUAUAUCAUAUCAAGAAUAUCAGAAUGUCAGUGAUGAUGUUGAUUUUGUUCUUGCCUAUGUUGAAAAUGGCAAUGCUACAAAUGCACAGAAAAGAGAAUUAUUUGAGAGAAGCCUUUUGGAGCAAGGAUUACAAUUAGAGUACGAGGAAAAUCGACACUUGUGUUUCGUUAAAAUAUAUGCUUCUAAAGAAGUCUUAUGUAGAUAUUGUGAAAUAAUGAAACUUAGGAUGCCAAUAAAACCACUGCCAGAUGAGAAAAUAAUUGAAGAAACUGAUUUUCUUGAUGAUGCUAAAUCCUGGUUUGUCCAGUUGUUUAGCUUUGCACAAUUAGAUGCUGAUAAAUUUCCUCCAACUGAAUACAAACUGUCAGCUGAAUAUGCUAGAGAUAAAGAUUAUUUAUUUGAUACCGAGGAUAAAAAUUUUUUCCCUACUCAUAUUCGCGUGAUGAUUGUGGAUUUUAUUUUGGAAAGACAGUGUGAAGGGAUCCAACAAUUAUUAGCAGCAGGUGUUUAUAGCGCAGCAUAUCCUUUGCAUGAUGGUACUACGAAACAAAAAGGAAGCGUCCGUGCAUUACUUCUUGAAGAGUGGGGUAAUGCAAAAAUGUGGAUCAAAGUGCAACCAUUGGAUACGAUUAGAGAGUAUUUUGGAAUAAAUUUUGCCAUGUACUUUGCUUGGCUUGGAUUUUAUACGUACAUGCUCAUCCCAGCGAGUAUUGCCGGUAUUAUAACGUUCUUUUACGGAUUGAUAACUAUAAAGUCAAAUCGUCUGGCUGACGACACAUGUAGCAACUGGGCCAAGAAUACGAUCAUGUGUCCACAAUGCGAUAAGACCUGUGAUUUUUGGAGACUAAGCGAAACAUGUUUAUUAACGCGUAUUACGUAUUUGUUCGAUAAUCCGGCAAUUGUAUACUUUGCGGUAUUUAUCUCGGUAUGGUCAGUGUUUUAUUUGGAAUUAUGGAAAAGACGAGCAGCGGAAUUGAGUUAUCGCUGGGGUUUAGGUCAAUGGGAUCGCACGGCUGAUCAUUCACGACCCCAAUAUUUAUCGACUUUAGCUAAUAUUAAGAUAUUCAGAGUUAAAGAGAAGAUAAAUCCAGUUACAGGAGAAAAGGAGCCACACGUUAGUUUUUGGAAAGUACGGGUACCUGCGACGUUCUUUAGUUUUUCCGUAGUUUUAUUGCUAACUGCCUUAGCACUUGCAGCUGUAUUUGCUGUGGUACUGUAUCGAAUGGCAAGUAUCACAUCGACAUCACUAUUUGGCCAUGAUAUUGGCUAUAAUAUUAGCCAAUCUAACUAUAAAACUUUCGCCAUACCAGCUAUAGCAGCAGGCAUCAAUUUAGUUUGUAUCCUAGUACUAAAUUUCAUUUACGAUUGGUUAGCGGUAUAUUUAACGGAAAUGGAGUUGUUAAGAACACAAUCUGAAUUUGAUGACAGUCUUACACUUAAGGUUUAUUUAUUCCAAUUCAUCAAUUACUACGCUUCAAUAUUUUACAUCGCAUUCUUGAAAGGAAAGUUUGUCGGAUAUCCAAUGAAAUAUAAUAAAAUACUUGGUUUUCGACAAGAGGAAUGUUCGCCUGGAGGAUGUUUACUAGAGUUAUCAAUUCAACUAACGAUUAUAAUGAUCGGUAAGCAAGCAGUAGCUACAUUAUUGGAGAUGGUCCUACCAAUAUUGUUGAAAUAUUGGGCGCUGUUCCGUAUUCACACUGGCUUGAAGCAAAAAGAUCCUAUUGUUCCACGUAAUCAGUGGAUACGUGACUUAAAACUGUUGGAUUGGAGCGUCAGAGGACUGUACGACGAGUACCUCGAGAUGGUAAUACAAUUUGGAUUCAUAACACUGUUUGUAGUAGCAUUUCCAUUGGCUCCAUUGUUUGCUCUUGCAAAUAACGUGUUUGAAAUGCGCUUGGAUGCGUCGAAAUUUUUGCGACAUUAUCGUCGACCGGUGCCUCGUCGAGCUCGUGAUAUUGGUAUCUGGGGACGAAUCCUUGAAGCUUUGGCGCGUAUAUCCAUUACCACUAACGGCUUUAUUAUAGCAUUUUCAUCAACCUUUAUACCUCGUUUAGUAUAUAUGGCAGUAGUUAGUCCUGACAAAACGGACGUUGGUUUUUUAAACCACAGUCUUGCUGUUUUUAAUACUAAAGAUUUUGCUAACAACACCGAGCCUCUUAACAGUUCUUUUGAAAACGUCACUACGUGUCGCUACGCUGAGUAUAGAAAUCCUCCGGACCAUUUCGAAUUACCAUACAAAAGACCGUCUAUCUAUUGGCACAUCUUGGCUGUUCGAUUAGCUUUCGUUGUAGUUUUUCAGAAUGCAGUGGGGUUGAUAAACAUGGCUGUACAAUGGAGCCUCUCGGGAAAUCCACGAAAAUUGCGAGAUCAAAUGAAACGGGAGACGUAUUUGACGGAAGAAUUGAUAAUCAAACGUGAAGCUGAAAGAGCUAGAGAUAACAUGGAUUGGGAGGAUAAACAAUCGAGUGUCAGUCCUAAUUCUUCGAUCAAAAAGAGAAAAUCUUACAUUCGUGAGACUGAAGUGUCGGACACGUAGUUAUGAGUUAUACAUUGGUUUAGAACAAAUUUUGAUAUCAAUUUAUGUUAUACAUCAAUUGAAUUGAGUAUAUUUUUUUACUUGAUACUUGUUACAUUUUUUAACUCAUCUCGUUUGAUAUAGAGUUGUUUUCAAGUAGCUAGAUAUAAGCUGUUGACAACUUUCGCGAGGAGAACAUUUCUAAUUAUCUUAAAGUAUUAUAGUUAACUUAUAACGCGGUUUGAUAUUUGCGCAAAUCACGAAAGAACAUUUUUCUAUACUUAUUUUUUAUAUAAACACUGUUUUGUUAAAAUAUUCCCAUGUUUAUGAACCUAUGAAUGUUACUGAAAUUGUAUAUAUCGAUAUGGUAAAACUUAAUGGAUGUACCACGAGUCUACAAUAAAUUUUGCAU